AUGGAGAAGACCGUCACCAAAGCCGAGCGGCGGCACGGCCGGAGCACGUCGGCCUCCACCGAGUUGAUUUCGGUCGAUGUGGAUCGGAAGGUUCUUGGCUGCCCUCGAUGCCUACGCCCCUUCCUACCUCCAGUUUUCCAGUGCGCUGCUGGACAUCUGAUUUGUUCGACCUGCCACGGCGACCUCCCGGACAAGGGCAAGUGCGUUUCCUGCUUCAUCAACACGGGCUACACACGGUGCUUCAUUCCCACAAGCUACAGCCGCUGCCAUGCCGUCGACCAUAUCGUUCGAUCCGUCCAUGUUGCUUGCCUCUACACCGUCUACGGGUGCACUGCCAAGAUCCUCUACCAUGAGAAGGCGGAGCACGAGAAGACGUGCCCCAACAUGUAUGGCUUCGGCGGCCUUCCCGGACGGGUUGUGAAGAUGGGCCCUUGCGGUGGCGCAGGUGGCGACGCCAGAGACAUGAACCCGCGCUUCGUCGACCGUAUCACUAAUGUGAUCCUCCGCCACGGUGCUGCGAUCUACGCCAUAGCGGUGUUGGUCCAGGAGGACGAGCACCUGAUUAGGAACACCGGCCAUGAUACUACCACUGUAGUGAAUGAAAAAAUCGAGAUCUAUUUUGGCAUCCUGGAUGUUGGACAAAGUUCAAAUUUGCUUCUUGGGGCGACAUUCAGUUAG